AUGGGAAAGCUUCAACUUGUCAAGUUGGAAGAUGUUGGAUCGAGACCAACCAAGCCCGUUAUGAAUAAGGUAAUUCAAGUUAAAGGGGGAAUUGAGUUGUGCUCUGUUAAUCUUCCUUUGAUCUUUACACCUCUUGCCCUUAUCGCUGGUUUUGCUAAUACCAAAGCUAUUGCUUACUUCAAGGGGUUAAUCUCCCUGUUAUCCUUGCUAUCUUUGAACCUGAUUUUCCAAGGCUUUACCAUGAUCAAGAUGCAUACCUCUACUUCUUCUAAAGGGGCUGAAUCUAAGGCAAGGCAAGUAAGGCCCGUGGUAUUGCUCGUUAUUGACGUGGUCCAUUUCUACAGCUGGCUAAAUGGAGUAAUGAAUCAGCAUGUCGGUUGGUGGUUCGAUUCCACCUUGCCUCUGAUUCCUUCGGUUACUAUGACCCUUAUCCAAGAUGCCCUUACCUCUUCAGCCAAGGCUAAGGACCCGGUGAACCUUCCCUCUUUACUCCUUCCCUCUGAGAUAUCAAAGGCAAGUAGAAUAGAAGGAACAACUCUAACACAAGCAAAAGCAAUAGGUAGCAAAUUAAAGCAUGAAAAAGCAAGAGCCUUUGACCCCUUCCUAGCUGCGCCAAUUUUUGCCUUUGGUAUGGUUGGGGAUCCUAUGGAUCCCCCCGUAUGCCUUAAACAUAAUGAAGUUCCCCCUGUUUAUGCUUGGUAUGCUUGGUAUGGGACUCAACGAAUGGGAGUAGUUUCUGAAGGGUUGCUAGCAAGAGGUUCAAAGCUUAUCGCCGGAGGAAAUCGUUUGAUAACCCACGCCUUGCUACCAUGCCCUUCCCUUAUCGCGUAG